UUGGUGCGGACGGACGCUUUCGUUACGUAUGUAUGGUAGAGGAGGGAAGGGACGAUAUAGCAAAACGAAAAGGUGUGCCUCCCGCCCAAAAGCCGAAGGGCGGGGCUUCAAAGAGUGGGUGAAUAGACGAGUGAGCAGAGAGUGGCUGGGGAGAGAGAGGGCGAUGGAGAACGAUGAUGACUGGUGGCUUAACGCCGAGGACCUGGAGUCCUUGGAGAGGGACGCCCUCAAGAAGGUCGCAGAGAGGCAGGCCUCCUCCUCUGCCACUUCAUCCGCUUCUCCCGCCGCGUCGCCGGUCAAAAAUCCAUCCCAUUUAAGUUCCCCUUCCAAAAGGCUUUCCGUCAAGAUCUUUUGGCAUUCCCCUGGGAAGAUCGCCGUAGAAUCCCCCUACCAUACUCAACUGCUAGCUGCUUUGAAGUCUGUUGGUGGUGGUGAAUGGGAUAGAAAUAAAAGGAUCUGGAUCUACCCUGAGUCCAAGUUAUGGAACGUAGAAGCUGCUCUUGAUUCACUUGGGAAUCUUUUAUCCAGUGUUGAAGUUUUGCCCCCACUUAAGCGACAUAAAGAAUACACAGAAGGCCAUUGCAGAGUAGGCUCUCCAGUAAAACUGAAUUCACAGCACUGUUUUGAUGGUGAAAGGAACAAUAAUGUGGAAGAUCAUAAGAUAAAUGAUGUGCCCAAGCUACAUCUCAGGCUUUUCCUUCAUUCUAGUGGAAAUAUUGCUGCUAAGUUUGAUUAUCAUCAGUUGCUAGUAGGCGCAAUGCAUAUGAUCCCAAAAGCUAGUUGGCAUGCAAAAGAAAGAUUGUGGAUGUUCCCAGUUUCUUCUCUGUCUUCUGCAGAAAACAUUUUCAGCCAAAUCCAUGAUGCUAGUGUUGAGAAGCUAGAUCCUCUGGUACAACGUGCUCUAGAUGUUGCUUCAACUGUUCCAAAUCUAGAAUAUUUAUAUGAUACUAUGCCUGAAUAUAUUGAAUCAAGACUCCUGCCUUUUCAGCGUGAAGGUGUCAGGUUCAUUUUACAACAUGCUGGACGGGCUCUCCUUGCUGACGAGAUGGGACUUGGCAAGACUUUACAGGCAAUUGCGGUGGCUUCUUGUGUUCAAGAUUCCUGGCCUGUUCUUGUGCUUACUCCCUCAUCAUUGCGGUUACAUUGGGCCACUAUGAUCCAGCAGUGGCUAUGCAUCCCCUCAAGUGACAUAGUGGUUGUUUUAUCACAAAUGGGUGGAUCCAACAGAGGCGGCUUUAAAAUUGUACAGUCAAGUAAUAUGAGAAAUAUCUUUUUGGACGGUGUAUUCAAUAUUGUGUCUUAUGAUAUUGUUCCAAAGUUGCAGAACAUUCUUUUGCAAAAUGAAUAUAAGGUUGUGAUUGCAGAUGAGUCUCAUUUUCUCAAGAAUGCUCAAGCAAAACGAACAAACGCUUCUCUUCCUGUCCUGCAGAAAGCUCAAUUUACCAUCUUGCUGACUGGAACCCCAGCAUUGUCACGACCAAUUGAGCUCUUCAAGCAGUUACAGGCAUUGUAUCCUGAUGUAUACAAAAGUGUUCAUGAAUAUGGAAACAGAUACUGCAAGGGUGGUACAUUUGGAAUGUACCAAGGUGCAAGCAAUCACGAUGAGCUUCAUAAUUUGAUGAAGGCAACUGUGAUGAUAAGAAGACUUAAGAAAGAUGUUUUAUCCGAGCUACCUGUAAAACGACGACAACAGGUUUUCUUAGAGUUGAAUGAGAAAGAGAUGAAGCAAAUUCGUGUCCUAUUCCAGGAGUUAGAGAUAAUAAAGAAACAAAUUAACAACUGUGCUUCCGAGGAGGAUGCCCAAUCUCUCAAAUAUUCUCAAAAGCAGCUUAUUAACAAGAUUUAUACUGAUUCUGCUGAAGCCAAAAUUCCUGCAGUUAUAGAUUACUUGGGAACUGUUAUUGAGGCUGGAUGCAAGUUCCUGAUAUUUGCCCAUCAUCGGCCGAUGAUCAACUCAAUCCAUGAAUUUCUCCUGAAAAAGAAGGUUGGAUGCAUCCGAAUUGAUGGGGAAACUCCUCCAUCAUCAAGACAAUCUCUAGCUGUUGAUUUUCAGGAAAGAGAUGAUAUCAGGGCAGCUGUGCUGUCAAUCAAAACGGGUGGAGUUGGAUUGACAUUGACAGCUGCAAGCACAGUUAUUUUUGCUGAGCUAUCCUGGACUCCAGGUGAUAUCAUUCAGGCGGAAGACCGUGCUCAUCGAAUUGGUCAAGUUUCAUCUGUUAACGUCUACUAUCUAUUGGCCAAUGACACAGUAGAUGAUAUAAUAUGGGAUGUCAUCCAAAGCAAGUUGGAAAAUCUUGGACAGGUGCUUGAUGGCCGUGAUAACUCUUUGGAGAUAUUGGGUAGUCAGCCCAAAUGCAGUCCCAUGAAGCAGGCAAGUCUAAAAGUCUCGUCUAGCCAGCCAAAGUGCAGCCCCAGCAAGCAGCUAAGCCUAGAGUUGUUCUUGAAGCGCUGUCAGCCUCCUGAUCGCAGUCAUGGUGGUGAUUCUAAUCCUCCUACAUCGAAGAAGCCUAGGACAUGAGUUUGCAUCAGUUGGUGCUGUAUUUUUUCGAGCAUAUGCUUGUAUUAUGUACUGUAUGUAUAUAUCUAGGUCAAGUAUGUAUAUUUAUGUAUAUCUAUUGGUUGCUUUUGUGAGAAAGGCCUCUCAGCAAUUAUACGUCA